GAGUAGCAACAAUUUCGUAAUUCGAAUGACAGUAAACUGUGUGUUACCAGAGUCACUACCAAAAUCCUCCCAGCUGAUAGCAAAGUGUGACCAAAUAAUGAAAAGCGCAGUUAUCGGGUCAUCAAAAAUGGCAGACGCACCGAUCGACUGUGAUUUCCCCGUUUGGGGAUUAAUGCCGAAAAAAGAAACGGGAGUCGUAUCGUUUAUCACCAAAAAUCCAAUUUAUGAUGGAAGAGAUACCGUUAUUGCCAUUUUCGAUUCCGGCGUCGAUCCAGCGGCUGCUGGACUUACGGUAACAAGUACGGGUGAAACGAAGGUAAUUGAGAGGUACGACUGCAGUGGCUGCGGCGAUGUAGACACUAGUACUAUCAUUAAAAAAGUCUCCGAUGGGUGCAUUACCGGUCUCACGGGCCGCAAACUGAAGAUCCCAGAAAAAUGGAAAAAUCCUUCAGGGACAUGGAGAGUGGGUAUCCUACACCCAUUCAGUAUAUACCCAACAAAACUGAAGGAGCGCAUGCAAGAGCAUCGCAAGGAACAUAGCUGGGACAUCGGGUACAAGCCAGCUUUCGCUGAAGCUAACAAGAAUUUACAAGAUUUUGAAACUGAUGUUGUGUCCAAGAAUCCAGUAUUGAGCCCGGAGGACAAAAUCCAAAAAGAGGAGUUAGAAGCCAGGGUGGAAGUUUUGCAGACAGCAGAGAAGAAGUACAAUGAUGUCGGACCUACAUAUGACUGUGUGUUGUUCCAUGAUGGGACUGUCUGGAGAGCAUGCAUUGACACUUCAGAAUGCGGCGACCUGGCCUCAGGUCCAUUCCUGGGCGAGUACAGCGUUACCCAAGAACACACGCACCUCACACCCUUUGACGAGAUGACUAUCAGCAUCAAUGUCCAUGAUGAAGGACAAACUCUUGAGGUCGUUGGCAUGUGCUCAACCCACGGCACCCACGUAGCGGCGAUUGCAUCAGGCUACUUCCCAGAUGAACCGGAGCGUAAUGGCGUGGCCCCCGGUGCUAAGAUCGUCUCCCUCACCAUCGGAGACAGUCGCCUGGGGUCCAUGGAAACUGGCACGGCACUCGUGCGAGCUUGCAUUAAGGUCAUGGAACUGUCCAAGAAAAUGAAGAUUGAUGUUAUCAAUAUGAGCUAUGGAGAACAUGCGCAUUGGUCUAAUGCUGGUCGUAUUGGCGACAUAAUCUGCGAGGUAGUGAACCGUUACAACGUGUCGUGGGUAGUGUCGGCCGGGAACCAUGGGCCCGCGCUCUGCACCGUCGGGGCCCCGCCAGACAUUGCACAGCCUAUACUUAUUGGAGUGGGUGCGUAUGUGUCCCCGGAGAUGAUGUCUGCGGCGUACUCGAUGCGGGCCCGGCUUAGCGGCGGCGCAUUCAGCUGGUCGUCGCGCGGACCGGCGGCCGACGGCGCCAGCGGACUCACCGUCUGCGCGCCCGGCGGGGCCGUCGCCGCCGUCGCCAGGUUCACUCUAAGAAAUUGUCAGUUAAUGAACGGAACAUCGAUGGCAGCACCACACGUUGCGGGUGCAGUCGCUAUGCUCGUCUCAGGACUGAAGGCAAAGAACCUCGCAUACUCUCCGUACUCCAUCAAGCGUGCGUUAGAGAACUCUGCUACUUACUUGUCACACGUCGAGCCCUGGGCACAGGGCUGUGGGCUACUUAAUGUUGAGAAGGCCUUCGACCUGCUGGGCGAGUACUCAAGCGCUCCAGAACGUGACGUGACAUUCAGUAUCCAGUGCGGACCCAGCAAUGCCAAGGGAAUCCUACUGAGGCCGCGGGUCGACGACGUACCCAAGGACAUCGGCAUCACUGUCGAACCACACUUCCUACAGGACCAUAACGACAUGGAGAACAAGUCAGUAAUUCCGAAGCAGAUAGCGUUCGGUAUGAGACUGGCUCUGUCGUGCGACGCGGCCUGGCUGUCGUGUCCGCAGUACUUGGACAUGAUGAACGCGGCCAGGCCUUGGACUGUACGCGUCGAUACUACUGGACUUAAACCUGGACCACAUUUUACUAGUAUCGUGGCGUACGACGUGUCGGCGGUGUCGAAGGGCGCGGUGUUCCGCGUGCCGGUGUCGGUGUUCCAGCCCGAGCCGCUGUCGCUGGCCAGCGCCGCGCCGCCCGCGCUCGCGGCCAGGGACGUACUGUUCCAACCGGCCACCAUCGUCCGGCACUUCGUUAUAGUCCCACCUGAAGCGACGUGGGGCGUCCUAAAGAUCUCAACAGAAGAUAAAGAAAAGACUGGUAGAUUUUUAAUACACACAAUGCAGUUACUGCCUAAGAAGAGUUGCAGGUGUCACGAGACACAGAAGAUGAUCAAUGUUACUGCAGAAGCACCCACAGUGUUACCCUUCCAAGUUGUUGGCGGCGUAACACUAGAAGUAGUAAUAGCGAAGUACUGGGCCAACAUCGGUGACCUGGUGGUGUCGUACAGCGUGGAGUUCCACGGGCUGCAGCCAGACUUCGGCAACAAGCUCGUCAUCAGCGCCGCCGACGGACUCCGCGCCGUCACGCUGCGGGCGCUGCGGCUGCAGGACGUCCAGCCCAGCGCGCAGCUCAAGUAUUUGGAGCCGGCCGUCAGGCCGUCAGAAUCGAAAAUCACCCCGUUAACAGCUCGUGAUGUAAUUCCGCCCAGUCGACAGAUAUAUCAACUAGUCAAUACUUAUAAUUUCCACAUUGCUAAGGCCACAGAGGUGUCACCAAUAAUAUCAUUAUUGUGCGACAUGUUGUAUGAGUCGGAGUUCGAAUCCCAAAUGUGGAUGUUGUACAAUAGUUGUAAACAACUCAUGGCUACUGGCGAUGCUUAUCCUUCUAAGUACUCCGUGAAGCUGGAGAAGGGCGAGUACACGCUGCGCCUGAACGUCCGGCACGACAGCCGCGCGCUGCUGGACCGCCUGCAGGACCUGCCCGCCACCAUACAGCAGCGCCUGCCCGCGCCCAUCGCGCUCGACGUCUACUGCAGCCAGCCACUGGCAUUGACAGGUGGCAAGAAAUACAACUCAGGAUCAUUAGCAAGUGGGAACCUAUUACCUCUUUAUUUCACAACUGUACCUGCAGAUAAACUGAGUCGGUCGUGGCUGUCGGUGGGCGCGUCGCUGGCGGGCAGCGUGUCGUUCGCGCGCGAGGAGGGCGCGCGGCGCGUGGCCAGCUACCCGCUGCAGUUCGUGCCGGCCGACGCGCCGCGCCGCGCGCCCGCCGCGCGCGACAAGGACAAGCCCAAGCACGACGACUACAUGGACGCCUACAAGGACUUCACCACCGGCUGGCUCGCCAAGCUAGAAGGCGACAAGUUAGAACAUGUUUAUGAAGAGUUAGUAGAGAAGUUCCCAGGCUACUUAGGGGCGCACAUCUCAUAUCUAAAUGCACUCGACUCACCUACUGAUACCAAGAAACUACCUCAUGCGAAUGAAGACCCUGAUGUUACGACAGCGUGGUGCGAACAGAUGAUUACUAUUUCUGAAAAGGUUAUAAAGGCUAUUGACCAGGACAAGUUGCUAGCCUACCUCGGCAUGAAGAACGAUACUAGGAGUGACGCCAGUAAGAUUAAGCAGGAGCAAGAGAAGCAGCGCGGCUACCUGGUGGAGGCGCUGUCCCGGCGCGGCACGGCGCUGUGUCGGCUGCGCGCGUUGUCGCGCGGGGCGGCCGCCGGGGACGCGCUGCGGGACAACAUGCAGGACCUGCUCAAGUACACCGACCUCACGGACGCCAAGGCGAUUCACUACGGCGUAUGGCACUGCUUUACAUUCAAGCAAUGGGGCCGAGCCAUCAAGUUGCUCACGAAGAUACAAGAGGAACGUCCUUCCAAGGAAGUGGAGGAGAGGCUCAUAGAGGCAUACCAACAACUCGGGUGGGACUUCUAUGCCAAGGCCGCGCAAGGCGCCAUACCUAUCAAGUACCCAGCCAACUAUAGACCAUUUUAAGCAUAUGAUAGUCUGACCAUACACAGGGCAAGUUUCAAUUUGUACUGAGAGAUUAUUAUUGUUAGAAUUACGGGUAAAUAUAGAAAAAAAGUUUUCUUGACUUACAUUUUACAAAAUAUUUAUUGACUUCUCUUCCCACAGCACAGCUUGUAUAUUUGUUUGUCAAUUUCAUGUAAAACAGUCUUCAUUCUGCUGUCAGAACUUUUAAUUAUUACUUUCUACACUUGUCUUACAUAUUCUUUUUCCUGAGGACAUCAUAUACAGUUAUACAUAAUAUGUCCCAAGUCUUGUGAAUAAUUUUCUCCAUAGGAUAAUAUUUGGUCAUUUCCAUCAGUACACAUUGAAACUACAAAAUAUUUAUAAACAAAGUUAUGCUUAAAGUUUAAAGCAGUUUGCUUCGCGAAAGUUUGUACCGUACACGUUGUGGAUUUGGAACAUACUGUUGUUUUAUAUCGCAAGUAUAUUCAUAAGAAAUAAAAAUAAUAACAGACUUAUUAUAAUGCCCCGUUUUGAUUGAAAUACAGUUUUAUAAUGUUCUUAGAAAUUUUAUAUGAAGACGCGAUUAGUCAACGAUUGUAUUGUUGCAAACAAUACAAGUUCAAGAUGCAAAUUCUAGACUGUUAAUUCUUCCUAGCUAAACUUUUAAUAUUGUUACCUCAAUUAAUUUGUUGUCUUCCCUGUGUUUCCAAGGAUUCAAUAAAUUAAUUAGUGUUCACAUGCAAUUUUGCAACUGUAUAUUUAUAUAAUCGUUUACUUGUUAACAAAAUAUUUAAACUCUGCUACAAUGCAAUAGUAAAGUACAUAGACAAGUUGCUUACGCGGAAAAAAGUCGACACUGUUGUUCAAUUACAUAUUCUUAUUAUAUAGACAAUACAUUUUAUGUCUACUCAAAUCUAUAGAAAAUAAUAGAAACAAUAUAAAUUAUGUCCUUUUAAAGUUUUAGAAUGAAUUGAAGUGUGCACUGCCGGAGUGUUAAUAACAUAAAUAAAUAUUUAAAUAAUAUUAGGAGAUUGUUUUAGUGACAUAAGCUUGGAUAAUGGGCACUGUGCCCAAAGCUGGGCAAGCUUACAUGCUUGAAAGACCAAGGAGUUUUCUAUUGAUUGACGUAGAAAGGAGUUACUGAUUCAUUGAGUAAGUAUUAAUUAUAUUAUUUAAUUUUAUAAUGUAAGUUACAUGAAGAUAUCUCAAUAAUAUUACUUGCCUCGUUUAAUUAUUGCAUUUAAAUGUAUGUGCAUUCAGUCCAAUUUAGAAAUGCAACAGUUUUAUACAUUUUUGUACCAAGUUAUUGUUAGUAAUGAAUAGAAGAUUCCUUAGUCAAAUUGUAUGUUAACAAUAGUCGGUCGUUUGUGUUAAAUAAGCCAUUUUAUAGAUUUAAUUUUUAAUACAAAUUGUAAUGACAGGGUGCUGUAUGUUGUGCUCAAAAUAGUUCAAUGUUUUAAAGGACACAUGAUAACAAUGUCAAAUAUAUUUAUGAUUUGUGCCCAGAACGUCACGUGAAUUUAUUUACUGUAGUUACACGACUGUCUGGGGAUGUACCGUCUUAAUGAAUUUAAUAUUUAUUAAACAACGACCGAGAUUAUAAUUUCAGUUCUUGGACUGACGUGUUCUCUCGUUUAGCAUGAAUAUAGAGUAGUAACGGUUCUAGUAUAUUAAUAGUACUUAUGUUGACAGCUUACACAUUGUGUCUGUUUUUCUGUAGAUAUUUCAUAGUCAAAUAUUGGCCAACCGGGUACAAACUCCAACACCAAUUUUUAGGCCAAUGGCCAAUAAGAUAGUUAUAGCAAUAUUAUCUCAAGUACACGCAGUUCUAAAUAACCAAAUAAUGCAAUAUUCUAGUUAUAAGUACCACUUUAUAAAGGCUUGAUGAACAGUACACGAGGCAAUCAUAAUAAAUAUAUUCUGGGUGAAUUUAAUGAUGUAUUAAUGAAUUUUUACACUAUUUAUAUAUGAAUUUUAUGUGGCAUAUUUUAAUAUUGAAAUGGUUGGAUGGUGACAGGAUUUUAAUACGGUAGACAGUUUGUGAGCUCUAUAAUUGUACCUAAUACACUUUCAUUAACUUUCUAAGGCAUGUAACAGACAAAAAAUAAAAGAUUGAUGACAAAAUGCAGAUACAUUUGUCUCUUCGAAGCUGUUCAUUUGUCAUCCAUGGUACAUUUCCUGGUAAACAAAGUUGUCUUCCUCGUACCAUCUCAUGCCUACUUCCGAAGCUGUUAUAUCUAAAGUUAAUAGUAUAAUUCAUUAACUUCUUUGUACAAUAUUUGUUAACCAAAUGACAAAACAAAAGUUUAACUAGAUAAAUAAAUAAAUAUUAUUAUGAAAUGAUGCAAAAUUUUUAUCAGAUGCAAAAUCUACAAUGUUUGAUGAAUUCUCUAUUCUAAUUAUGUGUGUAUAAGUUUACAAGGAGAUUUUUUUAUUUGUAUUUGUACCAAUAAAUUGUCGACUUAUAUUUUAUGAGUUGUGUCAUCAAUUUGUUGGUGCAAAAGUUGCGAGUAAGUAAACGCGCUUUACCUGUGACGUAAGGCCACAGGACUUAUUAUAAUGAAUUUGUUGGAUCUAAGGAUGGAGAAAAUAAAUAUUAUUUGAUCAUU